CCAGUACUUAAAACAAGACCUGAUAACCGCGCCUAAUGAGACUACUUCCCGCCAAACAAAAAUCUAACACAUUAUUAGAUUAUUAGAUUAUCUUGGAACUUUUACUUUAGUGCGAAAUUAUGAGAAGAACACGACAGCCAUCUGGAAAAUCGAAUCAGGAUGAAUUGCCCUCAGGAUCUCAAAGCCAAGCAAGUCAGAAUCCGUCACAGAGUCAAGCUACAAGCUUAACACAGGCAGAAAAAGCAGCAGCCAAAUUAGAUCAGAAAGAAUUAGAAUUAAAGGUGAAUGAUCUAGUACAAUAUCUUCUGAUUAUGGAUCAAAAGAAAUAUCCAAUUAAAAAAGUUGAUAUUAACAAAGUGGUAUUAAAAGAUACAAGUAAUAAGGCAUUUCCUUUAGUAAUGAAAAGAGCUUCAGAGAAACUAGCUGAUAUAUUUGGUAUUGAUGUAAUAGAGCUACAAGACAAACAGAAAGGAAGUUAUAUUUUAAUUAGUAAAUAUGAAAUAGAUGCAGAUAAACCUAAUGUAGUAUGGCCUGAGGAAGACAACACUAGAAUGGGUCUAUUGAUGAUUAUUUUAAGUUUAGUAUUUAUGAACAACAACAUAAUGCAAGAUUCUGAAAUGUGGCAUACAUUGAAAAAACUAGGAAUAGAUCCAGAGGUACCACAUGAAACAUUUGGAGACGUAAAAAAGUUAAUAACUACAGAAUUUGUACGUCAAGGUUAUCUGGAAUAUAUAAGACAACCUCAGACUGAUCCUUUAGUCUACGAUUUUAAAUGGGGACAAAGAGCGAAAGCAGAAACCUCAAAAAGAAACAUUCUGCAUUUUGUGAGUCAGAUGUAUGAUGUGAGCGACCCACAACAAUGGACGUCUCAGUGGCAAGAUAAGGAAAACGAGGAAGAAAUGGAAGUAUCCCAAGCAAAUUCAAAUUAAUUGUGCUUUAAGACUUGUAUAUAAAUUGUUGACCAGGACUUCUUUAAGAAGCAGAAACAGUGUAUUUUAUUGUAAUCAGACUGAGUUGUUGAUGGUAUAUUUACAUAUUAAAGAUAAAGUCGGUGCUUUCAAUUCAA